CUCACACAUAAUUUAUCAUCAUCACGGAACCAUGGAAAUUGCACCAUUGUAAUAACGGUACCACUAACAGUCAAAAUUUAUUUCCUUGAUCAUUGCAAAACGAGCCAGCUACGAUGGAGCUCCCCUUUGAAUUUGACGCAUUUUUACCAAAACAUUAAUUUACCAAAACCAAAAGCUGUUACUAUGUUCCGCAUAAAUGUUUAGAUCAGUGACUGCACUGUAAAAUUAAGCAAUGAUCCAGCAGCAAAUCCAAUAAUAUACUUUUUAAAUAUUAUUAUCAUUUCAAAACUAUCAUAAACUGUAUUGAAUUUAAUGACGUAAGUACAUAAUAAAGGUAUUCAUCAUGGAAGACAACAAAUACGCCCGGUUUCUAAGGAAUAACAUAAACACCCGAAACUUACAUAAAUUGAAACCCAGUAACAUAAAAGCGUCCAUAGGGCGAUUAAAACCAGUAAAUACGAGCUCUGUAAAAGAUGCUAUCAAAGGAUCCUUCACAAAGUUAACGAAUUUCAAUAAAUCUGAUGAAAGUUCGUCGGAUAGUCAAGAUAGUGAUUACGAUGAGCGUCUCGAACAAUAUCAACAAAUGUACGAGCCGCAAGAAACUGUCCAACCACAAGCUACGUAUGAACCACAACAACAGUAUUCUCCUAAAUAUGGUACGACUUCAUGGUCAGAUACAGGACUGCGGUCUCCGCCAAUGACACCUAAGGUUGAGACAGAAUCUGAUCCACCUUCAAAUGCUUCAACAGCGGAUUCUUCAUCUUCAUCAUCAUCUUCCUCGUCAGCUAAACAGACGUCUUCGUCGACUAAAGUAUCAUCAUCAUCUGCUAAAGGAUCUUCUUCAUCGUCUCCUUCGUCUACGGCAACAGAAGAAUCCCACCAAUCAUCAAUAUCCGCUCCAGAAACUUUGCCUCCAUGGACGCCUAUAUCGUAUACGCAAGCUCGAAUGGUACCAUCUGCAAAUUGGUCACCAAAAUCGGGAUCAUUUAUUUAUCACUCACGAUCUGAAUCUAAAUUGACAAAAAAAGUAUCAUUUAGCGACGAAAAAGCAAGGUUGCAAAGUAGGUCUAGAAGAGAGGAAGCACCAAUCCCCAACAUGAGAACUAAUUUUGACGAAAAACCAUCCGAAUUAGCUCAAAGACCGUCAGAUAUGCUAAAAGAACAACUGUCAUCAUAUUUGACGUCAGAACUCAUGCCUGAUGAAAAACCCUCCGACAUACUCAUUCGCGAUCGAAGAGGAAAGUUUUACACCGUACCGGGAAGACAACCUAAGAUUGAUUUGGAAGCUCAAUUAUCAUCUCUUUUAUCCGUGGAUGAUAAUAAAUUAAUCAAUAAGCCGUCUUCCGAACCACUGCAACCCGUAUCAAUCAUGAAGACACCUUCUACAAUACCGCAAAUCCGUAGCUCAGUUGAAACUGUAGCUUCUGUUACCACAAGCUUAGGUCACCGAUUUACAGAACCUGCUGAAAAUUCAAGAAAUAGAUCAGUAAAUGUUUCAGGUAAACCCAUACCAAACUCACACAAAUCUAGCAAUACUGAAAAGAAGAAAAAAAAGAAAAAGAAGAAGAAUUUAAAUAAGUGCCAUAGGCCACGGCUACAGAUGGAAACAAAUUUAGAUUGGGUAAAAACCUAUUUACAAUAUAAACCUAAACCUCUACCACCACCACCAAAGAAAACAAAGAAAGAGAUAGAGGAAGAUAAAGCUUUAAAAGUAUUACAUGAUAAACUUCAAGAAAAUGCAGAUAAAUUGAAUGCAAUAAAAAACCGAAAAAAAGAUAAAGAGGAAAUUAAAGCAGAGGAAGAUUUUAAAUUAUAUGAAUAUGACGGCCACGAGCCCCAUAAAGGCAGACCACCGACUGCAGAAAUUCUAUCUCGAGGGAAACCCACAACGAACCUACAAACUAUUUAUACAUAUUUAACGGUAGUGGAUAACUCUGGUAGUGAAGCAGAACUGUUUGUAGAUCCGAACAAACGUAGGAAAAAGAAAGGUAAUAAAAAGAAGUCGUCGGGAGAAGAGUUUAUAAUAAUGUUUGCAGCAGAGGAUAAAAAGGAAGAUAAGAAGGAGAGUAGCAGUGAAACAGAUACGGGUCUCCAAAAAGAUAAACAAACGAACACGAAGAAAAAGAGGCUUAAGAGGAUCAAGAAGAAGAAAGAGGCUCGAAAAAAACUAACAACACGACUCGUAACAAACAUCUGUUUUAUGAAAUCUUUGUUCCUUCAUUGUUGGUCUCGUGAGGGACUUAAACCACUCAUUGUUACUAAAGAAUUAGACCAUACAGAAGAUAUCGAUUGGACUGAGAAAACUAAAGUUGAUCCCAGAGUGGACAGACCUACUGAUAUCGAAUACUACUUGAAGAAGAAUAUUACGCUUGAAACGGGUCAUGUUCGCACAGUUACCAAGUUUAAUAGCGAAAAUGUUCAUUCUACAUCAAAGUCACUUACAGAAAUUUAUAUGGGAGAAGAAACUGCUGAUAAUCUUCCUAAGUCGAUGUCUGAUUACGGCAGCCUCUUCAGGACCAAUUUAAACCGUUGCUAUAUAGUAAACCCAGUGUUUAUUACCAGAAAAAAAUCAGCGAGAGGAUUGCUCGACAUGCCGAAAGCGAAGGCGAAACCUGAGCCAGAAGGUUUCUUCAGGGAGGAAGAGUUCAUUGUUAGCAGGUGUUGCCGCUGCAGUGGGGGCGUCACGGUGGACCCCGGCCCAGACGGCUGUGAGGCCAGGAAACCAAAGAGGAAGACUUCUAGAGACGGGGAGAAGCAUCACCUCGAGGUCCUGUCUGAGGACACUGACUCCGAUGCAGUCAGCAUAAAGAGGACAGUGCGGCUGAGGGCGAUUCCUAGCGACAUCAGUAUCAGUGACAUAGACAAACAAGACAACAUCAAGAGGACGGACCAAACCACCAGUGACAAGAGUGACCAUUCCUCCGCGUCCUCAUCAAGUUCAAAGUCCAGCGUCUCUGCGGAGUCUAAGGAGUCUGCGGAGUCUAAGGAGUCUGCGGAGUCUAAGGAGUCUGCGGAGUCUAAGGAAUCUGCGGAGUCCGCGGAAGAAGAAGAAGUUAAGGAGAAGAAGAAGAAGAAGAAAAAGAAACAAAAGAAGGAGAAAGAUUCUUCUGAAGGUGAAGACGAAGAAGCCUCGGCAGCCAGCGACUCAACACUAUCCUACGACAGUGCAGAUAAAAUACCAGACACGGAUGGUUAUGACUACAUGAAGAUGUAUUGGGAGGCCUACCUGAACAAUAGCGUGGACCCCAAUGAAGAGUAUUACGCGUAUUUACAACGGUACCUGCAGAUGCUAGACGCCUCGACUCCUAAGAAUGAAAAGCCAGUUGCUGAUGGUACUACUUCGGGAGAAAAUAUACUAAAAUAUGCCGCUCAGAACAAAAAACAAAGGUUACUGGGUAUAUUACAAUCGGGCGCGAAGAAAGCAAUUUCAGAGGAUCAUUUGAGAAAGAUGAAGAGGGCGGCGAACAUGGUAAAGAAGAAGUUAAAACUGGACAAGCCGGAGCCAUCCAACACAACGCUCUAUGAAGUCAACUUUCAAACCAGCUCCUACUCCGUAUUUGAUAGGGCGCAUUCGGCGUGCAAUUUUCUGUACCCAAAAAUACCGAUACUAAAAAAACCUGUAGAGAAUCUAGAGCCAGAGGAGGAGCCGGCCGUACCUAAGGUCGAUAAUACCACUUCCGAUUACAUGGUAAUCGAGGACACCGGUCCAAAAUUUGCUGAAAAUUUCACUCCAGGAGAAGCCCUGGACAAUUACCACAAGGACCCAGACGCCGAGGAAAUGUCAUUCUACGACUGCAAACGAGAAUUUAUGGAGAAAACCAAAAAUGGCAUCACCAUAGUGCAUGAGCUGCAACCCACCUACUAUGACGAAGAGGAUGACUACCGCAACUACGACGACACCCCGCUGACGCGCGCGGACCGCGAGCCCUCCGCCAGCCGGUUCUUUGCGGAAUCCACCAGCGACUCCAACUCCUCUAUACACAUACCAAGCAGAAAAUAUUCAGUAAGAGUACGGGAAAGAAAUUUCGAAAGUGAUCGUCCGAAAAAGAGUGCCCCAGCUCGCAGUCCUCGCUUCAAAUCCGGCAACAGAAGGAAGAGCCCAACGCAAAUAUUUAGAGCCCAGAGUUCGUCAUCAUCGUGCCACAGCUUCAGGAGCCCCCAUCGCCGCAAAUCUGUGACGUUUGAUUGGACGUUCAACCAGCACACGCCGAUAGAAAGAGCUCGAUAGCGUCCCGUCUUACGUCGCGUCCAUAUAUUAUGCUUUACUUUUUUAUCAUUAUGAAAUAAAUAUACAUACUGUUGUC